AUGUUAGGGUGAAAAUAAGCUUAAAGUUUGAGAGCAACGCGUCAGGCACACUCCACAGCGAACUACGGAGCACAAUAAUAAUAACAACUGGAAUAACCGAUAUGUGGGAGCCGCCACGAUUAAGUGCAUCAUUGCGCACGAAAACGGAGCUAGAGGCAAGGACUCGUCGAUUCAAUGUCCUGCGACAGGCUCAAACAUGCCAGCCGACAGCCACGACGACAAGCUCCCAAGACAGCAAGGAGGAGCAAACUAUUGCCAAGCUUUUGGCACAGAUUCCCGCGGAGAAACAGCCGGCCGCCAAGGUUCAGUUGCAGAAGCUGCGUAACUUGGUUCAGGAGUGCAUGGGUUACGAGGAGCAGCCACAGGUGGUAGAGCAUGCGGCUCUGUAUAUCUUCUGGUUACUGCUCGAUCAGCGGGUGGUGCUGGUCGCCACCACCAAUCGGCUGCACAGCAUGUUUGGCAAUACCUUCGACCGCAAGAAGACCCAAAUCCACGCCUGCGUAAUGGCUAUCGGAGAUGCUCUCGAGGAUCACGAGCGAGCGGACCUGAAACGCUGGCAACAAGCACACCGAAAAUCUCCGGGCAGCAGACCUCUUUGGGGAGCUCAUAUUCACGUGAAGAUAGUCCCUACAAAACGGGUGGACAUCAGUCUGCUGACCGAUCUCUCCCCGGAUCCUCCGCUAAAGAACCGCUCAGUUAAGUUCUCCAUGAAGCUCAAAUCCAAAGCCGCCUCGGAGAUGGAAAAAAGUACCGACCAUGAGGCCAAGUUAAGCAAGGAAGUUCAGAGCCUGCUAAGCAUCGCUGAGAAACUGGACGACGAGCACCUACUUAGUCGGGUGGGUGACAUUCUGGGCUCCAAACGCAGCAGCGACGAGCUGCAGAAUGAGCUAAUGGAGCUGCUCGGCUUUGACCACUUUGAACUGGUGAUUGAACUGCUCCAGGAACGGGAAAAAAUUGCCCGACAACUGGACCAGCACGCAACCAGAUCGCGCCGCAUCAAAGAGGUGAAACAGAAGCGCACACAGUCGGCGGCCCAUGCCGGCGGAGCGGAGAAACGGCCCACGGUGGCCAGUGCUGUGGUGGUGCAGUCUGCCCAGGAGAAGCAACUGGGGAAGAUGCAGCGUCGCGAGGAAAAGAAACUGCAGCGCAUUAUGAAGAGUAUAAGAGAUGAGGAGGACCCAGACGAUCAAGGAGGUUCCGUUGCUAUUUCCACUCAGCAGUUACGUAUGCAGCACCAGCGAAAGCUUCUGGAAGCCGCCCAACGUGAGCCAUUACUCCUCACAACCAAGGCAGUUAAGGCGGAGCACAAACAGUCGGCUUAUAGCCAGCCCAUCCACUAUCCCUACGUCUUUGAUAGCCAACUGACGGCCAAGCAACACGCCGGAUUUAUUGGCGGGAGCAGGAUAACCUUGCCAGACACAGCCCAGCGAAUAGACAACAAGCAGUGGGAGGAGGUUAAGAUCCCUGCGGGCGAUCCGCCCCCACUAACCGUCGGCAACAACCGCAUUCAAAUCGAGGAACUGGACGACGUUGGACGACUGGCCUUUGCCAACUGCAAGGAGCUGAAUCGAAUUCAAUCCGUGGUCUACCCAGUGGCCUACCACAGCAACGAAAAUAUGCUUGUCUGCGCACCGACUGGAGCUGGCAAAACCAAUGUGGCUAUGCUGACCAUCGUACACACCAUUCGUUGCCACCUGGAGCAGGGAAUAAUCAACCGGGAUCAGUUCAAGAUUGUCUACAUAGCCCCCAUGAAGGCCCUGGCCGCCGAGAUGGUGGAAAACUUCUCCAAACGACUGAAAUCUUUGGAAAUUGUUGUGAAAGAACUUACUGGCGACAUGCAGUUGACCAAAGCGGAGAUGACAGCCACCCAGAUUUUGGUUACCACCCCGGAGAAAUGGGAUGUGGUCACCCGAAAAGGUAGCGGAGACGUGGCCUUGAUUAGCCUGGUGAAGCUACUGAUUAUUGACGAAGUGCAUCUGCUGCACGGAGAUCGAGGUCCAGUGAUAGAGGCCCUGGUAGCCCGCACCCUGAGGCUUGUGGAAUCAUCACAGUCUAUGAUCCGCAUCGUGGGUUUGUCCGCCACCCUGCCCAACUACAUUGACGUGGCCCACUUCUUGCGAGUUAAUCCUAUGAAGGGUCUGUUCUACUUCGACUCGCGUUUCCGACCCGUUCCAUUGGACACAAACUUCAUAGGUGUUAAGUCCGUGAAGCCGCUUCAGCAAAUCGCCGACAUGGACCAGUGCUGCUAUCAAAAGUGUCUGGAAAUGGUGCAGCAGGGCCAUCAAGUGAUGGUGUUCGUUCACGCCCGCAACGCCACUGUGAGAACUGCAAAUGUGAUACGCGAACUGGCCCAGCAGAACAACACCAGCGCUGUCUUCCUGCCGCAGGACUCUAAUGCUCGCGGUCUCGCCACGAGAUCGAUUCAAAAGAGCAGAAACAAGCAGCUGGUGGAACUCUUCAGCUUCGGCCUGGCCAUGCACCAUGCAGGCAUGUUGCGAGCGGAUCGCCAGAUGGUGGAAAAAUAUUUUGUCGAUGGCCACAUCUCGGUGCUGGUCUGCACUGCCACUCUGGCUUGGGGCGUAAACUUGCCAGCACAUGCGGUUAUUAUCCGUGGAACGGAUAUCUACGAUGCCAAGCACGGCAGCUUCAUCGACUUGGGAAUUCUGGACGUGUUGCAGAUCUUUGGACGCGCCGGUCGCCCCCAGUUCGACAAGAGCGGUGUGGGCACCAUCAUAACCAGCUACGAUAAGCUGAAUCACUAUCUUUCACUGCUCACCAACCAGUUCCCCAUAGAAUCCAAUUUUGUGCAGUGCCUGGCUGACAAUCUUAAUGCAGAGAUCGGUCUUGGCACCAUCUCCAAUGUGGAGGAAGCCAUCGAGUGGCUUAGCUACACAUACUUGUUCGUACGAAUGCGCAUCAAUCCCCACGUCUAUGGCAUCGAGUACGCGGAGCUUCAGAAGGACCCCACAUUGGAGGCCCGGCGUCGAGCUCUCAUCAUGUCGGCAUCGAUGAGCCUGGACAAGGCUCGUAUGAUGCGUUUUAACCAGCGCACUAUGGACAUGAAUAUUACCGACUUAGGACGCACUGCCUCGCACUUCUACAUCAAAUACGACACCGUGGAAAUAUUCAAUGAGCUCAUGAAGCCUUUUAUGAACGAAGCUGAAAUACUGGCCAUGAUUUCUCAGGCCCAAGAGUUCCAGCAGCUGAAGGUUCGGGACGAUGAGAUGGAGGAAUUGGAUGAGCUGAGGAGCGCUUACUGCAAGAUAAAGCCCUUUGGAGGAAGCGAGAAUAUUUGCGGAAAGGUCAACAUCCUCAUCCAGACAUACUUGUCCAAUGGAUACGUGAAGUCCUUCUCGCUCAGCUCUGACAUGUCCUACAUAACACAGAACAUUGGCAGAAUCACCAGGGCCCUGUUCUCCAUUGUGUUGCGACAGAAUAAUGCCGUUCUGGCAGGUCGCCUCCUGCAGUUGUGCAAAAUGUUCGAGCGGAGGCAGUGGGACUUCGAUAGCCACCUGCGGCAGUUCCCCGCCAUCAAUGCCGAGACAAUUGAAAAGCUGGAACGACGUGGGUUAAGUGUCUAUCGGCUAAGGGACAUGGAGCAGCGCGAGUUGAAGGAAUGGUUGCGUAGCGAUCGCUACGCGGAUCUCGUCAUCCGCUCUGCCCAGGAGCUGCCCAUGCUAGAGGUGGAAGCGAGUCUGCAGCCCAUUACCCGUACUGUGCUGCGGAUAAAAGUGGACAUCUGGCCCAGCUUCACGUGGAACGAUCGGGUGCAUGGAAAAACAAGUCAAAGCUUUUGGUUGUGGAUCGAGGAUCCUGAAUCGAACUACAUCUACCACUCGGAACUAUUCCAGAUGAGCCGGAAGGUCGUGUUCAGCGGCCAGGCGCAGCAGCUUGUGAUGACCAUUCCGCUAAAGGAGCCCCUGCCGCCCCAGUACUACAUUCGCGUAAGCAGCGAUAGCUGGCUGGGCAGCACCACCUGCAUUCCACUGUCGUUCCAGCACCUCGUGCUGCCAGAGCAUCAUCCACCGCUGACGGAACUACUGCCCCUGCGGCCACUACCAGUCAGCAGCCUGAAGAACGCCCUCUAUGAGUCCAUGUACAAAUUCACCCACUUCAAUCCCAUCCAGACACAAAUCUUCCACUGUCUGUACCACACGGACAAUAAUGUGUUGCUGGGUGCUCCGACGGGCAGUGGCAAGACUAUCGUGGCCGAAAUCGCCAUCUUCAGGGCCCUCAACCAAAACCCCAAAUCCAAAGUGGUUUACAUAGCUCCGCUUAAAGCGUUGGUAAAGGAACGCAUAUCGGACUGGGAGCAACGUUUCCAGCGCUCUUCUCUGGGUCUCAAGGUAGUGGAACUCACCGGAGAUGUGACUCCAGAUAUUCAGGCCAUUCGGGAGUCCCAACUGAUUGUGACCACGCCGGAAAAAUGGGACGGUAUAAGUCGAUCCUGGCAAACUCGAGAGUACGUGCAGCAUGUAUCCCUUAUCGUAAUCGACGAGAUCCAUCUCCUUGGCGAGGACAGAGGACCGGUCAUCGAGGUGAUUGUCUCCCGUACCAACUUCAUAAGCUCUCAUACGGGCCGCAACAUUCGCAUCGUUGGACUUUCGACUGCUCUGGCCAAUGCCCAAGAUCUGGCCAACUGGUUAGGCAUCACCCAGAUGGGCUUGUAUAACUUUAAACCCUCGGUCCGACCGGUGCCUCUGCAGGUUCACAUCAACGGCUUCCCCGGCAAGCACUACUGCCCCCGGAUGGCAACCAUGAAUCGGCCCACCUUCCAGGCGAUACGCACUUACUCUCCCUGUGAACCGACCAUCGUUUUUGUAUCUUCCCGCCGGCAGACGCGACUCACAGCCCUGGACCUCAUCACCUUCGUGGCUGGAGACGCCAAUCCUAAACAGUUCCUGCACAUUGACGAACAAGAAAUGGAGCUCAUAUUGCAGAACAUCCGCGACCAAAACUUGAAGUUCUGCUUGGCUUUCGGAAUUGGACUUCAUCACGCCGGUUUGCAGGAGCAGGACCGGAAAUGCGUGGAGGAACUAUUUCUUAACCGCAAGAUACAGGUACUGGUGGCUACCUCUACCUUGGCUUGGGGAGUCAAUCUACCAGCCCAUCUAGUGGUGAUUAAGGGCACUGAGUACUUUGAUGGCAAGGUGAAGAAGUACGUGGACAUGCCAAUCACGGAUGUGUUGCAGAUGAUGGGCAGAGCCGGAAGACCACAGUUCGACAACGAAGGUGUCGCCGUAGUACUGGUGCACGACGAGAAGAAAAACUUCUACAAGAAGUUCUUGUACGAUCCCUUCCCAGUGGAGUCUAGUCUACUGGGUGUCCUCUCGGAACACAUCAAUGCCGAAAUCGUGGCCGGAACUGUUCAAACCAAACAGGCUGCUCUUGAUUAUCUUACAUGGACGUACUUCUUCAGAAGACUACUCCGCAAUCCUUCCUACUAUCAGUUGGAAGGAAUAGAACCCGAAAAUGUAAACGCCUUCAUGUCUAAUCUCGUGGAGCGGGUGGUGUACGAUCUUUCGGCUGCGGCUUGUGUGGUCGAGCGCGAUGGGUGCCUAGUGCCAACAUUUCUGGGACGAAUCAGCUCCUACUACUACCUAUCGUACCGGACUAUGCAGCAUUUCCUCGAGGAUCUGCAACCGGGAAUGGGCACCAAAGAGGUUCUGUUAGCCAUUGCCGAUUCCUACGAGUUUGACCAGCAGCCGGUGCGGCACAAUGAGGACAAGUACAACGAGCAAAUGGCCGAGACGAGCCGCUACAGGCCGCCGUCGGCUAGCUGGGAUUCCCCAUACACAAAGACGUUCCUCCUGCUGCAGGCGCACUUUUCCCGUCAUUCGCUGCCAAACUCAGAUUACCUCACGGACACCAAAUCAGCUCUGGACAACGCCACGAGAGUUAUGCAGGCCAUGGUGGACUACACAGCCGAACGGGGCUGGCUAUCCACUACCCUUGUUGUGCAGCAGUUGAUGCAGAGCGUCAUUCAGGCCCGCUGGUUCGACGCCAGCGAGUUCCUUACAUUGCCAGGAGUGAAUGAUGAUAACUUGGAUGCUUUCCUAAACAUAGACCACGAAGGCUACGACUACUUGUCGCUUCCUGUUGUUAAGGAGCUGUGCAGGAAGGAGUACGACGUACUGGCCAAGCCACUAAGGGACGCUUUCGAGGAGCACGAAAUAGAGCAAAUAUACAAGGUAAUUCAAGACUUGCCUGAAAUCGCAUUGCAAAUUUUCGUGGAAGGUCGCUACGCGGAGCAGGAAUAUGCCAAGCGACCCUUGUCCCUAGAAAAUGACCGGAAAGGUGAAUGGAUGCCUUUACACGCCAACGAAGACUAUGUCCUGGUCGUGGAUCUUCAGCGCCUAAAUGUUGCUGGACAACGGCGAUCUGCUGGCCAAAACUAUUCGGUUCACUGCCCCAAAUAUCCGAAGCCGAAGAACGAAGCCUGGUUCCUGACCUUGGGAUCCCAGGCCAAUGACGAAGUCCUGGCUAUGAAGCGGGUCACUAUACGCGGCAAGCGAUCCACCAAUCGGAUAUCCUUUCAGGCAACUCCGCGGCGUGGGCGCCUCCAACUCACGUUGUAUUUGAUGUCCGACUGUCUGAUCGGAUUCGAUCAGCAGUAUGAUCUGCAAUUCGAGAUCAUCGAUGCUAAAGACUGCUAAGGUCCCAGCACAAAGUAUACAUAAGGUGAAUAUUGUAGAAAUCUGUAGAAGCUGGACUGUGCCUAAAUCUUUAUUAGAAACUGAUUUGUGAAACAUUUUCAUUAGUUUUAUAUAGGGUAUUUUAACAGUCCUAAAGUUUAAAUUCAAACGGAGUUACGUACUUCUUAUGUGAUCCUCCAUUAAGUUAAACAUUUUCAAUCAUUUAUGGGUAGCUUCGUCAAGAAGCUCUUUGUUAAUCAACGUAUUAGAGAACUAGGUCGUAUAGUGAACUUUUUACUUAUUGAAAUUAUGAAAUAAAGUUUUGUAUUAAGUGAAACAACCAAGACAGUGGUCUCAGAUUAAUAAUAAAUAUUUGAAACUUGA